AUGGCUGGCCACGGUCCUCACUUGCUCAAGUCCGAUAAAGGGUUCAUAAGGUUCAACGAACUCAGAGAUGGAUUGUCCAAUUUUUACAGAUUCAACGGCAAGGCCUUGAAACACACAACGAUGUUCUUCGUGAUCAUUCCUGGUCUUCUUGGGUACGCCGCGCUCAAGUACGAGGGCCGGAUCGAUUUGCACGCCAGGAGAAGGAAGGAACCUUUGUUUGAGGAGUAUGUUCCCAGAAAGUAG